AUGCAGAGCGAUUUAUUGUCUCAAAUCAACGGAUUUUUCGGAGGAAGACAACGCCGAAAAUCCGAGGACGCUCUGUCACAUGACCACCAUGAGAAUGACGUUACAGAGAACGGCGGCGGGAACAUUUUCCUCGACAGGUUUCGGAGGAAGUCAGAAACUGUCGUUGCCAACGGAAAGUCUGGCAAACCGGAAACUGUCGGGGGAAAGUCUUCCGGAAUAAGCCUGGUGCGGGUUGCCAAGUUGGACUUCAAGUUCCAGAGUCAGUUUGUCUUCCGGCCAACAUGCACUGUGCCACUUCCGGAGGUGUUUAUCGGAUGUAAGAAGACGUACCCCAGUCGAACACCCAGAAAGCAUGCUGCUCCCCGCCCCCAAGCCCAGCCCCCACCGCCCCCUCCCCCUCCGGACUCGCCCCUAUCCCCCACCACCCCACCUGCUGCAUUUCAGUUACCUGGCUCCGGAAAUCUGGAUCUGCUCACACCGGAAGAGGAACUAGAUCUAGCUGAAGAUUGUUCCGCCACGCCCCUUCCGGCUCCGCCCCCUGUCCUUCUCCAGCCUAAACCGGCGUAUCACACUCACCAACAGCAGAACGUCAGACAAACUGAUGCUGUCACUUCAGCAACAGAAGCUGCUGCGCCACCACCACCACCACCGCCGCCGCCCCCACCAGAAGAGGAAGAAACAUCAGCAGUCGCAGCUCCAGAUGUCAACGGCCAAAGUGUGAGGGAAAAGAUGAGCAACAAAGACGACCUCGAUUCGUUUUGGCCUCCAAUUUUGCCCAAACCAGACUCCCCUCCACCACCACCCACACGACCUCUUCCUCCGCCGCCGAUGAAGAACGGGAAGACUAAGGGCGGUAACCUCAACAAAGGUCAACUCUCCAGCUUUAAAGCCCCGAUUGUCUCCACUACAGCUACUUGUGCAGAGAAACUCCAGAAGCAAGUUUAUAACACUGAGAUAAUCCCCACUACUGAAAUAGCAAAAGUCACCCCUGUCACGUCCACGAUAUCCCCGUCUGGAAGUUCCCGCCGGUCUCACAGUAGAUCUUUGAACCCGAACAAAAAGCGCCCCCUCCCGUCAAUACCGACUGAGGAAGGCAGUAAAUCCGGGAAGGACGUUCCUGUGGAAGGUGAUAAAGAUGGAUGGGGAGGGAAGGAAGAAUUUGAUCCCCGAGAGGAGGAUGGUGAUUUGUACGAUAUUAUGGACAGCACGAAUAUGUAA